ACAUUAUCUCCAACCUGCUGAAUCUUGCAUCUUUGGUCGGUUGACUCGACCUAGAAGCAUAGAACUAGAGCUCGACCAUCUCAAGCGUAGUUCUUGAGAUAAGUCACAGACAUCAUGCCCCUCCCCCGCCCCGCUAGAGUGCUUCGGCAACCUUCGUCACUGUCGAACACCGGCAUUCGGCGAUUGAAUCGUCACGCCGGUGCCGUGCUCAACCAAGCUACACGGCCUUUCAAUACAACCAAGACAUUCGUCUCCACCUCAUCAGAGUCCUCAAAUAGCAGGAGCUUUCAUCAGACGCCUGUCGCGUCGAAGCCUGAGCUUGGGACAGUCGAUGAGAGCUACACGGACAAGCUGUUGAAAGAUAUUGAUCAGCUCGGAUACCCUCGAUCCAAUUCUCGAUCGGCUUACGAGAGCGAUGAUUACGAGGACAGCCGUGAGGAGCGAAGGAGUCCUGCGGCCGUCAUGGGGUCCAAGAGGAUUGGGGCAGUGGCGCUUCCGCGAGAAAUGGAACGAGGUAUUCAGCUAAUGUUGAACAGUGCCGAUGGCUUCAAGGUCAGAAAUCACUACCGUGAAAUGGUAUCCAAACCUUAUACCAGUCACAUUCGUCGGAAGACCAGGAGCUCAAUACCCGAAGACGAAAUGCCAAUGGCCAAGGCAGCUGCGUUUUUACCUGGAGAAUAUGCAGCAGUCAGGAACGUUUUGGAGGAAAUGACAAGGCGCAAUGUUGACUGGGAUUUGGAUCCCGAGAGGGAUCCAUCAAAAGAGAUACCGAGUGUCGUAGAGUUCACAGGUGGAUUAGGACCUGGUCUCUGGGCCGCUCUGGACGUCAUGGAGGCUUUGCCCUCUUCCUCCCGGUCAUCAUGGGUAUUGGAAGAAGACGAAGACGAAUCACCGAUAAGUUCGCGUGAACAUGUACAGCAAAGGCUCGCGAAAGCCGCAUCAGAGCAGGAUGCUUUCGAUGAACAGAAUUCGAUGGAUCAAGAGGAUCUGUCGAUCGCGAAUCAUGAGAACGUCAAAACGCUUUCCGCUCCUAAGCUGAGGUAUCAGAUGGUGCAUGAUACGCUGCAGGAUAUACAGAUCAUGAAGAAGAUGCUGGGCGACCGAUCCAAUGUGCCGGUGGACGUUUCAUGGACUCCGCGCUAUGAGAGUACAGAGAACACCAGUAAACCCACGUUAACCAUGUCCACCUUUAUCCUGUCGACACUCCGGCCUAAUGAACGCGAUCGUCAUUACAAAGCGCUCCUGGCGACGGAGGCGCCGUGGAUCGUCGUUGUCGACCAUGCUACUCCAGAAUCAUGGCAGUCCAUAUCUGAAGCUCGAGACUGGUUCAGGCAACGGUCUACCGCCGAAUCACCUUUAACGUUGUUCGCACCUUGUCCUCACGAUGGCGUAUGUCCACUCCAAGGGACAAGAGAAAUCUGUAGCUUUUCCCAGAAACUCCAGACUCCUCACUUUCUCAGGCGGACCAAGAAUCAUAAACGGGGCGAGGAGCAAAAGCAGUAUUCUUACCUGGUCAUCACUCGCGAUCCCAUGGCUCGAAGAUCAGAUCGCUCCUCUACAUCAGCUCCAGCCGGCUAUUUUGGAGGUGUGGCUAAAGACCGCUUGAGACACAGGGCUAUGCAGCUACAUAGCAACGAUUCGGGGAGGAUCAUUCCGGACGAGGAGGGGUCUGAGCUGUACAAGGUCGUCUCUCAAGCCGAGGCCGACGUCGACGCUGCCGGCAAUGCGGUGCAGAGGGAAUGGGACGAGCCUGGUCUUCCCGCUCUUGAUCGAAUCAGCGAUUUGUCUGGGGACGUUGAGAAUCGGACUCGACAUCUGCAGGCCGACGCGUUUCACUGGCCGAGAUUGGUGGCUCCACCCAUCAAGCGCAGUGGUCACGUCAUCAUGGACACGUGUGAUGCGAAUGGUGAGUUGUGGGCGAUGUGGGGUUAUGCUGAGCUUGUUCUCAUAGGGAAGAUCCAACGUAUCACCAUUGCCAAAUCUCACUCAAAGCAAGGAUAUCACGAUGCCAGGAAAGCAACUUGGGGCGAUCUCUUCCCUCACAAGCCCAAGGCUAAAGCUGUGAUCCGAGAGCGUGGUAUCAAGAAGCUGUCGCCUGUCGAUCACGCCCAGGGAGAGGACAGUGGCGCUCUCUUUGAGGAGAUUUUGAGUGCUGGCAUGAGCAGUGAACCGGUCGGAGAUGGACCAAACCAUUUCGGAUCGCCAGACUGGGUCGAAACAGUAUCCAGCGAAGCGGUCGAUGUAGCCGCCACCCCCAAACCUAAGAAGUCCAACCCGAAAUCGAUCCAAUCCGACAAGGAGCUAGUGGAGCUGCUCAAGAAGCGAGACAAGGACAAGCGUCGGGGAAAGCCGGAAAAUGUGCUGAAUCUUGCCGAUUUCGACCCUAUAGACAACAGCGCUUUCGCUCCAACGCCGGACGCUGUACCGCGAACGCGCAAAGACAAGCCGUCCCGGAUGAGAAAGGAGAAAGCGAUCAGGGACCAAAUGCAAGGGAAGAGACCGACUGGCAUCCCCCUCGACACAGAGCUCCUCGGUGACCUGGAUGGGAUUGACCCAGCGCUGGCGGAGGCGAUAAUGCGGAGCUUGAGCGGCAGUCAGAACAAGGCGAACGAGGUGUAUCAGGUGCAAAGUGAAGGCGGUCCAGUCAAGACCGAGUUCAAGUCAUGGACGGAGGAUUUACAUUCAGAUGGAUCUGGAGACGCUGAAUUACCGCCUUGGUUAGCCGAUCAAGAUCGGUGGAACGAUCGGACAGAGGUGUCCAGCGACUCCCCUGGUCCUUCACAGCGCUCUCCACGAUCCAAUGAGUCCUGGAGCGUCGUUGGAGCCCAGCAGCGUGUUCUCAGCGGGAUUCCCGAGGAAGAGAGACAAAUGUUGGAUCGCGUCAAGGCUCAAAUGUUAGAGGGCCUUCGGUUGGAGAUGGAGGGUAACGGGGCGUCGUCUCCGAGCUCCAAAAAGCCUGCUCGAAGGUCGACAUCGCCUCCGACGGGACGACGAAAGUUUAGCUCAUUCGCUUCUUCCCGAGUUGGCUUGCAGCCGGCCACGUCGUUCUCGCAGAAACGCUACAUGAGUGUUCGGCCGAGAGAGACGACAAGCGUUAAUGGAGCGAGAUUGCCUCGUCGCAAGGUCACCAUUGCUGAACUCGAUCGUCUCCGAUCCACCAACACUCCUAUCACCGUCUUGACGGCCUACGAUUAUCCUACAGCACUCUUGUCCGAGUCCUGCGGAGUCGAUGUCACUCUCGUUGGCGACUCAUUAUCCCAAGUAGCUCUCGGUCACCACGAGACUCAUAGUCUCACCUUGGACGAGAUGAUACACCACUGUCGAGCCGUGACGCGAGGCGCAAAGACCCCUUUCGUCAUUGCCGAUGUACCGUUUGGCGCGUUUGAGAGCUCUGUCGAGAAGGGAAUGGAGAGUGUCCUUCGGAUGAUCAAAGAAGGAGGCAUAGACGGAGUCAAGAUUGAAGGUGGUCCCGAAAUCAUCCCGCUAGUCGAACGUUUAUCAAGCUAUGGGAUACCGGUGAUGCCUCAUUUGGGUCUCAGACCACAACGAGCGACUUCUACAUCAGGAUACCUUGUUCAAGGUCGCACUGUAGAAUCCGCAAAAGAGGUUUUCGAACAAGCUUUGGCGAUGGAAAGGGCGGGAGCCACGAUGAUCCUCCUCGAAGCCAUUCCUCAUCCUCUCGCUACCUACAUCACUGAACGUCUCUCAAUCCCGACAAUCGGAAUCGGCGCUGGAUCAGGGACGAGCGGUCAAGUUCUAGUCAUUACGGAUGUCCUUGGCGUUUACGCGCCUGACUCGUCAGACCUAAACGGAAGUGAAGGCGGUGCAUUCCCUCAACCCAAGUUUGUGAGGCAAUUUGGGUCUGUGGGACAGGAAUCACGACGUGCGAUCGGGGAGUACGUUCGACAUGUUCAAGACCGAAGUUUCCCAGAGACGGGUGAGGAAACUUAUGGAAUGAAAAAGGACGCGUGGGAUGCGUUCUUGGCAAGCAUGGAAGGCGUCAACGAAACAAAGGCGAUACAGGGCGACACUGCAAGUGGGAAGACGAGAGACACAGAAGACGGAGCGUGAGAGUUGUACAGCCAAUGUAUCACAAGAUUUGUUGUAUCCUGUAGUGGUAAUCUGCAUCAUCACUCUCACCCAUCAUGAAGCUUCAAAUGCAU